CGCCAUCAUCUUUCUUCCUCGCCAGCCCCCGCGCUGCCAUCAACGACCAACCAACUCCGGCCCCAUCAUCGAGAGAGGGCCACUUUACCUUCUUGUUUACCUGGAACCAAAAGCCAAAAGGUCAAGGCUUUUUUAAUUGUUUGUUUGGCUAAAUUAUGGAUUAAUCUCAACAAUGGUGACAGGUAUGGAUUGUGGUGAUAUAGGGGGAUGAACAUGGACGGAUUGAAGCACAAGCAAUUGCGAAUUGUUGUGAUGCUUUGUAUUUUGUUUAUUUGUAGUUUAAAAACUAUAUAAUUCGAAUUAAAAAUGAUGAUAAUAAUUAGGGUUGUAUGAUACUCAAUGAAUAAAAUUAUGAUAAUCAAUUAUCAGAAAACAGUAAUGAAAUAACUAAACAGGUUUUCGUUUUUAAGAUUCAGUUUCUGAACUUAUAAAAAGUCUCAGCUAAACAAGGUUUUUUCAGGUUUUGUUUUUCAGAAAACGACAACUUCGUUUUCAUUUUAGUUUUGUUUUCUGUUGUGACAGCUAACAGAAAUGGAAUGGCAAGUAAACGGCCCAUUAGGGGUCGAUCUGCGUGGGAAAAUCAUCAACCGGGAGGUUCAUUCUGACCUGCAAGCUCAGCAUGUCCUGCGUCACACCCUCUCGGGGCUUGGACCGCGUAAACUUGCCAAAGUUCAAGGGGGAGACAAAGCUUCCAAUUGUGAGUCCAAAUCUGAACCAGAAGAAGACGAUAGUGAUGAGGGUAGCUGGUUAAAGGACACGGCAGCAGUAUACACAGCUGGUGGAAUCUUCAGGCUUGACAAGGGAAAGGGAAUUGCAGAAUCUUCGGGAAAGCGCAAGAAGGCUUUGACAUUGGAGCAUAUACAGGAAGGGGUAAGGAUGGAAAAUGAAGGAAAAAGCCUCCUCCGUGACUUUACCUUGUCACUAAAGGGAAAAGAGGCCAGCUCCUCAGGCAAGAAAGUCAGCAGGGUUUUAUUCAUACCUUCGGAGGAUGAGGAAGUCGAUCCAUCUGAGUAUGCUUCGUCUCCGGAGUACACCUACUAGGACUUUUUUAGAUACUUGAUUUAGGGGGAGAUCCAUGGAUGAAUUAAUGGUAGUUGAAUGG